AACCUUCUUCCCAGAAUGCCCCGCGUGAGCGUUAUGAGUGAGGCGGAAGUAGGUGCCAGGAAGCCCCGCCUCAUAACAAUGAUGGGGCCAAGAUGGCGCCUGGCUAUAGCUGCGCUUGUGGGCUUCGUCGUUGCUGCCCCCGGGUUGGCUGAAGUGGCUUUGGAAAGUGAUGGGAAAAACCCAGCCAGUUUGCCUGGGGUCACGCCGUGUUGGCAAAGCGAGGAUUUCGUGGUGACCCAGCAGUGCGCUCCCUGCCAGAGUUUUCAGGCGAAAACGAUGCCAGAAUGCAGCGUGACGGGUUUCGUUGAGCAGAUCAACUGCAGCGCUUCCAAGAAGGGCGAAUACAAGAGCUGCCGUUCCAUGGAGAUGGAAGCUCGCAUCUUCUGGAAGUUCGAGGGCGCCAUGCUGGGUGUGGCGGCCGUCUUCGCCCUGCUGGUGGUGUGUCGGCAGCGCAUGCUUGACCGCAGAGCCUUGGAGAAAGUGCGCAAGCAGAUAGAGUCCAUCUAGUU